CCUACUUCUUUCUUUCCCAUGCCUGUGAUGAGAUUUCUCUACGGCCUUGCAUCGUGCCUACCUACUUUCGCUAUCACUUGACGGAGCCCAAGAUGGAAAGCGUGGCUGGCUCCUCUUAAACCGUCCACGAGUCCAGAAAGAAGUUAUCAUUCCUGCGAAUGCUACAUGAGCGUUCUUGCAUCCGCACACUUUCAAAACAAGAACGACUUGGUUACCACACAAUCAACAUUGGAAUCAUUCAUCCAACAAUACGACCCAAACGCGAGCCAUCCCCGAAUUCCAUCUGCGCUUGACUAGGAUCCUACCAAAGAUCCAAGGUAGUCCGAUAAGACUCCUCAUCAUUCCCUAUCCUUACCUUGGCACUAGCCACUCUUGCAGACAUGACAGGAUUCGUAGCGUGGGGUUUCGACAUCCCUUCCAAUCCUCUGCCACCGGCUGUCAAAGCAGAAGAGCACAAGAAGGCGCCGGCGCCGGCGCCAGCCACGACCAAGAGCCCCAAGCCCAAGCAGCAUACGCAAAACAGCUUCCGCAUACCGAGGUGGUUGUCUCUCUUCGCCAAAAUCAUUCUUGCCCUCGUAGUAGCAGCUCUCUGCAUCACGGGAGUCGUGUUUGUAACAGACUUCUUCGAGGCGCAAAUGGGGCACGGAGGGUUUAUACCUCGUGCACCUGACCAGGUCGAUGGAGCUGGCGCUGGCCAUGGCUUCGGAGUCUAUGAUUCUGCUGGAAACGAUCAGCAUGGUGCCGUCCAGCCGGAAGAAUGGUGUAAUAAGCACCCAGGAGAUUGCCAUUGGGUGGACUCGCAGGCUAGAGGUCAAGGCAUAAAUCCGAAUAUACACGCUGAAUCAGACAGCUUUCUAGCGUCUGGUGCUGGCUUUCUGGCCCCAAAGUGGAUUGCUCUGGUUGUUUGUGUGAUGGGUUUGAGUUUGGUUUUGGUAUGAUCAACAACAGGGGAUACUUCGUCACGAGAUAUUGGGCUUGGAUCGUGUCAUGGUCUCUAUGGCAUGGUUGAGUAGCUCUGGAGACGCGUUUUUUUUUCUGCGCAAGCGAUUUCACACGAGACAGGCGUGUUGGCCGCAGGAAAGCUUUCGUUGGGGAGAUCAUAAGUCGGCACAAUACCUUUAGAAAGCAAAAUUAACAAGAGCCACCUCAGAGGCUCAAAUUUCAGAC